CAUAAAAAUUAACUUCGUCUUCCCGGACUUACAUGUUAUAUUCGCCAACACAAUGAACACAAACUUAUGUCUGUUUCCCAUGCUGUUCUUCCUGCAAGUCUUAACUUUGUGUUCCGGAAACUAUGUACAGGAACACAAUGCAAUACGAUCAAUGGUUGAUCCACCAGCUGCAAACAUGAAGAAACUAAUGUACUCUAGAGAACUGGAAAGCAUUGCACAACAGCACGCUUCAGGUUGUUCCUUCAACCAUAACGAUUACAGGUCACGACAGUCUCAUGUAUUCAGCAGUGUCGGGGAAAACAUUUUCUACGGAAGGAAGGGUGAUAACAUAACAGAUGCAAUCGAAUAUUGGCGCGAACAGGGGGAUUACUACAAUAUCCGGACCAAUGAAUGCCAACUGUUCAAAUUCUGCGAUUAUUACACUCAGGUAACAUGGGCAGAUUCUAAUUAUGUGGGAUGUGGAAAGUCGGACUGUGGUGAAAAUUCGUUCAUUGUCUGUAAUUAUGCAUCCAGCAGUACAUUAAACCAGAGACCAUACCUUCCAGGCUCCAGCUGUGCCGCAUGUUCACGUCAUUAUGUCUGCCAGGAGAAACUUUGUAUACUGACGUUUAAAUAAAGUGUGUAUAUAUCAAUGGUAUAUAUUGGCAUUUAAAAAGGCACAGGAUAUAAGCCUACUUUUUUCAAAAACAAAUAUUGUAACUUUAUCUUUAGCAUGUUUACAAACUAAGUCAAUUUUUUUAGGACCGAAGUAGCAAAUGUAAUCGAAGUAGCAAAUGUAAUAAGGGUGUGAAUACUGUGCGACUAGAACUAGCCAAUCUUUACUAUGUGUUACGAUUCCUGCGAUAUAAGAAGUUCUUUAUUUUUGUUCGCUGUUAGAUUAACUAAAAUAAACGCUAAAUAGAGAAAAGUAAACACAUCAUAGGGAAGGCCAAGAUAAAAUACAAACGUUUUUUAAAGAGUUGUAAUGCUUUGAUUGUUGUAAAUUCAAGUUGAUGUGUGCAGUUUUGUACGUUUCUUAUUGAUAGCGACAGAAUAAUAAUAAACCAUAAAAGAUGUAUAACUUAUUAGAAAACCAACGGAUCAAUCUUAUAAAAAGUAGGAUUUCCAUUAAUGACAAUACUUUUUCCUCAGCUCUUAAAAGAAAUGGACAUAUUUGAUAUGAUCUUUCACAAAACUACACUAACUUUGUUGCUAUACAAAUAUUAUAUUGUUUACAAUAA